GAUGCACCAGGGGACAGGCCAUAGGUUAUGACCAUGGUGUGUCCUUUGUUGUGAGGCUGUGUUAGAUGUUGCUUAAAAUCUAUACUGUUUAAAAAAUGUAAAACCUCACUGGCGUAGGGAUCACAAUAGUUAUCAAUAUGUAGGUUAAUCACCAACUGGAUAACAAACACUUCAUAUUUGAGUAUUUCAUACCCAAACUAAGGGGCAAAGAUAGAAAGAUAGGUCAGGCAGGUUUAUUUCCACUAAUGUUUUAUGAGAUUUAUUAGUCACUGAAAAGUUUCCUCAAAUGAGGGUUAAUUUGUUUAAACCAUUAGUGCAUUUCAUUCACUUAGAAGAGAUCAAAACACUUCUCUUUUCUGUUUUUUUCUCACUAUAAAUAUUUUAAUCAUGAGAACAGCAGGAGAAGAAAGUAUAGACUGUGAAACCAAAAAGGUUCUGUUUGUAAAACGGUCAUAAUUAAAAAGGAAAGAAAGGAAAUCUGAAGGAGCUGCUGAAUGGAGAAUGACAGACCCCGCCUCUGUCGUCUUUUACGUCCUCAGUCAAGUCAUAAAACUAAUUAUUGGCGUCACUGUAUUCCAUCUACUUGUUCAUUUCUAAACAGAAACAUGAGCGGACGAGGCAAAGGAGGUAAAGGACUCGGUAAAGGAGGCGCCAAGCGUCAUCGUAAAGUUCUCCGUGAUAACAUCCAGGGAAUCACCAAACCCGCCAUCCGCCGUCUGGCUCGCCGUGGCGGUGUGAAGCGUAUUUCUGGCCUGAUCUACGAGGAGACUCGUGGUGUGCUGAAGGUCUUUCUGGAGAAUGUGAUUCGUGAUGCCGUCACCUACACCGAGCACGCUAAGAGGAAGACCGUGACCGCCAUGGAUGUGGUUUAUGCUCUGAAGAGGCAGGGCCGCACUCUGUACGGCUUCGGAGGUUAAAAUUCCGAUUUACAACCAACGGCCCUUUUAAGGGCCACCCAUAUCUAGGCGGAGAGCAGAUUCUUUUUGUGAAAAUGAUUUAAUUCAA